ACAACAUGGCACAAUCGGACACGGCGACUUCUAUUAUAAAGGCUCGUGUUGUCCUACAGCAGUGUUUAUCGGCAAGAUUGCAAGUUCAGCCCCAAACAGAAACUUCUGAAGCCAAGUAUGUUGAAAUUGGAAGAGGUUUAGUCAUCUAUCUGUGUUUCCUGAAAGAGGCUACAACAGAGACGGCAGACAAGAUUGUAAAGACCGCGUUAAACAUUCUUCUGAGCUCGAAUGAUGAAGAGAAGUUGGUGUCCGUGUUGGAAUUACAAGGCGAUGUCCUCAUUGUACCACAGGCAACAUUAGGGGGAACACUGAAGGGAAAACGCAUGCAAUAUCAUAAAAACAUAGAUAAAGAGUCAGGGAGAUAUUUAUACGAACGUUUCGUUAAACUUUGUUCAGAGGCGGUCAGUAAACAUAGCGGAAAAAGAGACGAGUCACGAGAAGUACGUGUACUGCACGGUACAUACGGCAACAGACAAGUGUUGAAGAUUGAUACAAACGGUCCAUACACCCACAUGCUUGAGUUCUGAUUGAAUAUGUUUGAUUGCAACGUGAUGUGGGUUAAACGCCCUGACCUUAAUCCAAAUUUGGGAAGACCUUCAAAUUAGCAAUUUCGGUUUCAGAUACAACACUUGGCUGCAUGGGCGUCCAGGCAAGCCUUUUCAACUACAACACUCAACAGGGCGUCCGCUUGACCUCUUCAGCGAGUUCUCUUCACGUGAACGUAUUCAUGGGACAAGUUACACAUAUAUA